GGCAAGGAGAAGGAAGUGUCGGCACCCAUGCCAGCGUGCCGGCGGGGAGUGCGGGCAGCGCCGUACCUGAUGAGGACAGGCGUGUAGAGCAGUGCUGCGACGGGGGUGAUGUUGAUGCCCAUCAGCACCUUGCGGUCGAUGUCCUCCAGCUGUAUGUUGCUGUACUUCACCUCCCGGGUCAGCACACUCUCUGUGGGGACCAGCAGCUCCUUCCCUCAGCUCGGCAUGCACCAGCACCUUGAGGCCCCCGGGCAGCAGCCCCCGGGCUACGGCAAGUGCAGUCCCGUGGGCAGUGAUGCCGGGAAAGCUGCCGGGUGCAGCACAGGCAGCGGGGGCAGUGGAGGCAUCCAGAAGGGGCCAGUGAUCUGCAGCGCCGCAUGCGCCAACCCUUACGCGGGGCUGGUGGGACGCCUGCGGGCAGCCUGGCUCUCGGGGAAGACGCGGCCCAUGGAGUACCGCGCGGCCCAGCUGGAGGCCCUGGGUCGCUUCUUGGAGGAGAAGAAGCAGGACAUCCUGGAGGCCACCACCUUGGACAUGGGCAAGCCGCCCUUCGAAGCCGAAUUCUCCGAGAUCCUCCUCUGCAAGAACGAGCUCAAUGACACCCUGAACAACCUGUCCCACUGGAUGAAGGACGAGUAUGUGGACAAGAAUCUGGUGCUGCAGCUGGACUCGGCCUUCAUCCGCAAGGACCCGUACGGGGUGGUGCUCAUCAUCGCACCCUGGAACUACCCCAUCCACCUCUUCCUGGUGCCCCUCAUCGGGGCCAUCGCUGCGGGGAACUGCGUCAUUGUCAAACCCUCGGAGAUAACCAAGAACACAGAGAGACUUGUUGCCGAAAUGCUGACCUGCUAUCUGGACAACGACUGCUUUGCCGUGGUGACCGCCGGCGUGGAGGAGACCACCAGACUGCUGGAGAACAAGUUCGAUUACAUCUUCUUCACUGGUAGGUUCCAUGGGCAAUGAGGAAGAGGGAUUCCCUCUGGCCACCUCUUAACAGCCAUAACUGGCCAGGGUGGGAUGCUCGGCAAGAACCCCUGCUACGUGUCCGACUCCUGCGACGUGCAGAACGUGGCCCGGCGGGUGGCCUGGGGCCGCUUCUUCAACGCGGGGCAGACCUGCGUGGCACCCGACUACGUGCUGUGCAGCGUGGAGAUGCAGGAGAAGCUGCUGCCUGCCCUGCGUGAGGCCAUCACUGAUUUUUAUGGCCCCAACCCCCAGGAAUCCCCUGACUUCGGCCGCAUCGUGGGGGACAAGCAGUUCCAGCGGGUGCAGGCGCUGCUGCGCAGCGGACGCGUGGUCAUCGGAGGACAGACGGAUGAGAAGGAGCGCUAUAUCGCUCCCACGGUGCUGGUAGACUUGCAGCCCUCUGAUCCUAUCAUGCAGGAGGAGAUCUUUGGCCCCAUCUUGCCCAUUGUCAUCGUGGCCAACACGGAUGAAGCCAUUGACUUUAUCAACAGCCAUGAGCGGCCGCUGGUUGUGUAUGCCUUCUCCUCCGAUGACAAGGUGGUGAACCAGGUCCUGGAGCGCACAAGCAGCGGUGGCUUCUGUGGCAACGACACCCUGAUGCACGUGACGCUGACCUCGCUGCCCUUUGGGGGGAUCGGGAGCAGCGGCAUGGGGAGGUACCACGGCAAGUUCACCUUCGAUGCCUUCGCCCACCACCGCGGCUGCCUGCACCGGGGCAUGGGCCGGGAGGCCCUCAACGCCCUGUCCACAGCCACGCUUCCCGCCCGGGCCCUGGAGGCGGGGGGGUGA